AUGGCUCUGAAUCUGGAAGACAUGAAGCGGACAUCUCGAUUCAAUACGUUUUCAUCGCGUGUCUUAGAAGAAUUGCAUCACUUUAUUAUUUAUCCUCAUCAGCGUGAUGCUUUGUUGGCACUACGAACAUGGUAUAACAACGACUGUACUCGUAUAGGUCUCGUUGUUAUUCCAACAGGUGGUGGAAAAUCAGGAAUCGCUGUUCUUGCUCCGUAUGUUCUGAAUACCACUCGUGUAUUAGUCGUAACACCAUCAUUACAGAUAACGAAUCAACUAGCCGCAGAUUUCGGACGACAACCAACGAAAAGUUUCUAUGUAAAACAAGGAAUUGUGACUGGAGAUGCAGCAGAUAUGUUCGUUGAGCCAGUUCGUAUUGUGAACGAAGGACGAGAUCUCGGAGAUCUGGCUGAGAAUUUAGUUAUCGUAAAUGCGCAUAAAUUUGGAACAAAUUCAAGUGUUGAUUGGGAAAAACUGAAUCAAAAAGCUUUCAAUCUUUUAAUCGUUGAUGAAGCUCAUCAUUUUCCCGCACCAACAUGGAGCAAAAUUGUCUCGCAUUUCAAAUGUAAAAUUGUAUUUCUCACUGCAACACCUUUUCGGGGAGGACAACCCAUACUGGAUAAUCAAGAUGGACGAAUUUGUUUCGAAAUUAGUCUAAACUCAUUGAUGAACAAUGGAAUCAUUCGUCGAACACAGUUUCUAGAGAUAGGAAAUCAUGUCGAUUCAGGCGUUGAACGAAUGCAUUUGCUGAGUAAAGAAAUUCUCCGAAUAUUAGAUAAACACGAUCAAUGUGAUAACGUUGUUCAACACCAGGCAAUGGUUCUCAUGAAGGAAAAGAAUGACACGACAAGUUUUGCUACACAACUCAAUAAAAUCAGCCCAAAUAGCGCCGCGUCAUAUACAGGUGACACGAAGAAUUCGAAUUCUGUCCUUCAACGAUUUGAAAAUGGACAGCUUCGAGUUUUGGUCGUUUGUGGUAAACUUCUCGAAGGAUACGAUCGAAAACAAGUGAGUUUAUGCGUUAUCGCUCGGAACGUUCAACCGCAAUCAAAGGUUUUAUUCACACAAUUUGUUGGUCGUUGUCUGCGAAAAAUUCGACCUGACGAUCCAGUAGACGGAACAAUUCUUACGCAUGUGUUUUACAACCAAAGGCAAAAUUACGAAAAUCUGAACGAAAUAGCAGAAGAGGAUCCUGACGAUGAGCAAGACUAA